AUGGUGGUGCCUGCCCUGAAGAUCGGCUUCCUGAUCUUGGCGGAGCUCUGGCGCGAGAGCCCGGACCCGCGGCAGGUGCUCUUCGCCAAGCGCUCCAUCCAGGUGGUACAGAUGAUCAGCAAGUGGGCCUGCCCCGACAUGUUCGCCUACAUCCUCCUAUUGUACCUCUUCCGCCAUCUCAAUGGUGCAGGGGGCAUCAUCGCUGCCCCAGCCCAGCUUGGGAUCGGCUUUGCGUGCUUCAGCAUCUUCUGCGUCUUCUCGACCUUCUCCACCCUCAUGGUAGAGGUGCCCCACGCGGCGGAGGAGGUGGAGGGCCCCGUGAAGCCCUGGCUUCUGCGCAGCGAGGCGACGGCAGCUGCCGGGGUCGGCGCCUUCGUGCUGUUCCUGGGGAUCUUUGGUCUGGGGCUUUUCGCCCCCACCAUGGCCAUGUAUCUGGACUCCGCGCUGCUAUUGAAGCCAAAUGGGCCCUUGGAUGAAUCGCUGAAGCCCAUGCUGGAUUCUUUGCACCUCGAGGAGCUUGUCAACGCAGAGGUGACCAUCGCCGAUGCCACCUGGGCGCUCACUGGCUACAUAGCAGGAGGGGAGAUGAAUGACGUCUUUGCUGUGCUGAUGCUGUCCAUCUUCGUGAUUCUGCUGCCCUUGGUGAACAUGUUUUGCCUGUGCAUGGGCUCCUGGAAGCUGUCCAGCGAGGACACGGAAGGAGCCUGGAGGUAUCUUUGUGUCUCACGGGUCUUGAAGCACAUUGAGAUGCUGGACGUGGCCAUCAUGGGCAUCAUAGUGGUGACCUGUGCCGGCACCGCGUAUCACAAGCAAGGCGUCAUGUUCAGCGUGAUGACAGGGCUGUGGAUUCUGCUACUAGCGGAGGUGCUGCAUUAUGUGACCCACUACCAGGUCCGCGACUUCGAGCGGGCGUGGCAGAGCAAAGCGGCAGAUGAGCUCGAAAGCGGGGGCUCUCCAGCAGCUCCUGAGGUGCAGGAGUUGGCUGCAGCCUCUGCAUCACAGCGGGACUUGAUGAAGGCCGCGGUGCAGAAGAUGUACUUUGAGCUCCUGCGGGAAGGCGAUGCCGGAGCGUUCCGCGGCGCGGGUCCUUCGAGUUUGGUUUGUUUGCGGUGGCCGUCCAGUGACAAGGCGGCCAAGAGGCUGCGAAGCAAGCGGAGCAAGCAGCCCCGGGCUCGCAACCUGGCCUGUGAUAUGCGAAUAGAGUUGGACAUGUUGUGUUGCCUCUUGGGCGACGGGGGCUGCAGGACACAUGGCAUGGCCAAGCCGCACUUUGUGGUUCAGCUCUUGUGGAGGCUCGGCGGGGAGAAGGCGCCUCAGGUGCAGAGAGUCCGCACGCUUUUCAUGCGACAGCUGGCGCUGCCGCUGCUGGGCAUGGAACGGUUGCGGGAGGCUCACAGCACCUUCGAGGGCAGCUUGGAGCCCGCACUGCAGAGCCGCACAGCCGCCGCGAAGGCGGCAGCGUUGGCUGCCCCUGCGGCGGAGCUGUGGCGGAGCAGGGCACCACUGGAGGAGAAGCUCCAGGAGGCCAGUCGUCCAGCCAUGGUCAUGGUCUCCGUGGGCACCGAGCCCGAAAAGGCGGCGCCUGCGGACAUCGUGGCUGAGCUGCUCGCCGUAGAGGAAGCCUCCGGCGACAAGGCCCGGAUCUUCACAGCGCAUUUGCGGGUCACCCAGUUCUCGCCCAAGGACGUUGCCAAGUGGAAGCGUUUCGCCGACUUUGUGGCAGGCGGGAUGGGCGACCACUCCCUGGCUGCAGAGGUCUUGGAUCGAGCUGUGCGCUGCUGUCCGGCCAAUCUGGAGCUGUGGCCCCAGCUGCACCUGGAGCGGGAGGCCUCCGGCGCCCGUGUCGCGGCCCUGCGGGAAGUGAGAGAGCGAGGUCUCCGUGCAAUUGACCAGGCAGAGGCCGCUGUUCGCGGAGAUGCCAAGCACGAGUUGCUGAUGCAGCACGCUGAUGCCUGCCGCCGCUAUGCAGAUGGAAGCAGAGGCUCCGGGCUGCCAUCAGACGCGGAGGAAGCCUGGAAGGAAAUGCGCCAGAGCCUGACAUUGGCAUCAGAAGGCGAAGGCACCGCGCAAGCGCUGCUGCACUGGAUGAAACUGGAGGCAUACGGCGCUCGCAGCCUGAGUGGCACGCUGACAGCAGGGCGCAAACUCAUGGGCCACUGGGGUGCCUUCUACAAUGCCUGGAGCGCCUUCAUCACGGCGGCCAGGUAUUGCGGCGCCCAGCUGGCCGAGGUAGAGGGGCUCUACAAGGAUGCGCUGCAACAGGUGAGCGAUUACCCAGACCAGGUGAGCAGUGACUUCCUCCAGUUCCAGCGCGAGAGUGGCACUUUGGAGGGCUGGCUUGCAGCUAGGGCGCAGCUGGCCGAGCCGGAGCCGGAAGCGAAGCAGGAGAAGUCUCGAGCGCGACGGCGCAACGGCGCCCAAGGCGAAGGCCCGGGCCCCGAAGCCAACGCCGGUGCCAAGAAAGAGGGAGCCCAAGGCCUUCAGGUCGCAAGCGCAGGAGAAACGUCAGAAGCUCCAGCACACUGA